AUGAAGGAGGAAAAGAGAGCGAGGGAGAAUUGGCUGAAGGGAGCAACGAGAGGAUCAGAAAUGCGGGAAGCAAGACGAGCAGGGCCAGUGAAGAUGCAAGGCGACAAAGAAUUGGAAACGAUGAAAAUCUCCCCUUCGUUUGUCGGUGCAGCAGUAGCUGUGGCAGGACAGGACCCAGCAGUUAGAGGCAAUGGAAGAGGCGUCGCGACGUUACUCUGCUCCGUGCAUGCUCCAGGAAUCUCCCAGCUUGCCGAUCGUCCUCAUGUGCCUUGUGGAGAGGCGAUCCCCGAGAAUGAACGGGCGGUUUGGGAGUGGGGACAGUGA